CUAAGUACGUUAACAAAAUAAAAAAAUGACAAAUGAGGAAGUGUUAUUUGUACCCGAUGAUCGUUCCAAACAUCUCUUGAACGAUUGUUAGGUUGGUCGUACAACACGCUAGGAUCAAUCGGUCAUUGAUCAACAUGAUAUUGUUGGUUGUAUAUAUCCACGUCGUCUCCAACCUACGAGAUAACAACAACAAGGUUAAUUAGUGAGUAUAUAUAUUAAUUACAAAAAUUAUAACAACAACAAAAAUUUGGUAAAAUGAGUACGUACCGCUUGAUAGUCAUCAUGGAAAAUACCUUGUCUUAGCACCAAUCAUCCAUUUUUUUCAAUGAGUCGGAUAGAGUUUCGACGGGUUUUGAGGGAAAACCAAAGACCAUUAUCUGGUUUUCCUAGAUUUUGGGAGGGGGGGGGGAUAAUUUUAGAGAGAAAGAGAGAGGGUGUGAAAAAAUUGGAGAGGGUGUUGUAUAGCAAGGGGCGGUUUUGUAAUUUUCACACCACAGAAACCGCACCCCUAAGGAAUGAUUCGCGUUAAACGAGGUAUGAAAUCGCUCUUUCCGCUUGCGGUCUUUAAUCCCUGAUGCGGAUUGUUGCGUUGGUGCGCGGUCUGCCGUUGAAUCGCUUCUUUAUCAAAAGGUUAGGAAAACCGCCGCUUCCCAGCUGCCCCUAACGAAGACCGUGUCGUCCGCACACGGUUUCCCUCUAAACCGUAUCCUCCGUCUGCGGUUUCCACACAAACCGUCCCUUGAGCGUGCGAUUUUUAAUUAAGGGUGCUAGUUUUGAAAUUAGUGUGGGUUGGAUGCUAUUUUUGUAAAUUUUUUUAAAUGGUGCUAUUCCUGAAAAAUUCCCGCCGUUUUCUUGGUAGAUUUUUUUUUUUUUGAAGAUAAAUUGUGAUUGGUUUAUUGGUUGCUCAUGUGGAGGCAUAAGGAAAGUGUAUCAGAAAAAAAGGAAAAAAAGGCAAAAUAAAAUGAAUCUGAUAUAAUAAUAAAUUUAAAAUGACGAAGUCUUUAAUUGGAAAGUGUAUCAGAAAAAAAGGCAAAAAAGAUAAAAUAAAAUGAAUCUGAUAUAAUAAUAAAGAUAGGGGGAUAACCCCUCUAAAUUCCAAUGCUAUUUUACUGUUGAAAAAAAGAAGGAAGGGAAUGGCGGGAAUCCUUCCAUCCUCUCCAACCUUAACCGUCACUCAGUCUGAAUUAAUCUCGCAGAGGCAGAGUGCUCACAGAUCUCGAAUCCGAUGCAGCUCGUCAUCCAGCGGAUCGGGGAACGGAAGCAAAGGCAACUCUAAUACUGGCGAAGACAGGGCCAGGAUUGGCGAAACGAAAACCCCUAAGAUUCUGAAAUUGGCGGUGAGCGGAGUCACCGAGUUUCUCAGACUCUUCUCUUCCCCCGGCGACGACCGAUUGGGGGAAGUGGGUAGCAGCGGUAGCGGAGCAACAGAUGAGGCCGUUUCGAUUUUCAACGCUGAUGAUGUCGUGAGAACACUCAAGAUUGAUUAUGAGAAUGCUUAUUUCGUGACAGGGAUUUUCACGUCUGCGCUCUACGUUGAAGAUUGUCUGUUUGAAGAUCCAACUAUUAGAUUCAGAGGUACUGAAUUAUAUGCACGCAACUUGAAGUUACUGGUUCCUUUCUUCGACCAUCCAUCCAUUGGGCUACAAAGCAUUGAUGUGGAUUCCGGGACAAAUUCCGUGCUGGCGACUUGGAAAUUGAGGACUUACCUAAGAUUUCCAUGGAGGCCGUUCAUUUCAAUUGUUGGAGCCACCGUCUAUGAACUGAAUGAAGACUUCAAAAUUGUUAGGCAUACAGAGAGCUGGAAUGUCUCUGCACUUGGAGCAGUUGGGCAGAUAUUCACUCCUAGCUUUGACAGAAGACCCGGUGAACAAUAACAGGGAUCUCAUUAUCCUACUGAUAAACUGGAAGGAUAGCUAACAAAUAUCUGAAGAUCCCUUCCUCAGCAAAAGUUUGGCUGUAGUUUUGGCCUAACUAAUGACUCAAACAGAGCGAUGUCCAGAUUCAUGGAAUCCUUAAUUACAUUUAAUCUGUCUAAAUGGUGACUAUUAUUCUUCUUUCGCACUGGGUCCUACAAACCCAAAGUCGAGUCAAUGUUUGAUUGCACAUUUUAAAUUACACGCAUCCCAGGCCUUGAAUCAGUCAUUAGCUCACAGGUCUCCACAACAUAUUGCUAUUUUGCAUCUCUUUCAUCAAAACAUCUUCCUAACUUUCACUUCCCAGGAGAUGGAGAGUUUAACCUCCCUAAAGAGAACUGGGUCUUCCAAUUUAAUUUUUGGUAAGUGCUUAGAUAUAAAAUAUGGUGGGUUUCUAAUCUCUUUCGAUUUUAUUCUAAAGCUUCUAAUUUGUUUAUGUUUUUUUCCUUUCUUGAGAACAAAUUCCUACUCGUUUAAGAGAAUGGAGCUGUGCCUGUGCAUCAGGUCCAGUGAAGGAACAGCAGUCUCCAAAGCUUCUUCGCAACCAGAAGUAUCAUCGGCAGAACUCAAAUCUCUCGUCAGCACUUUGCUGGAUUCCGCAGACCAGCAACCUUUGGAGUACGAGGUUUUCCCGAGCUUUAAAGGUCCAGACAUCCACAAAAGCUUUGCGGAUUGCCUCUACAGUUGUCUAGUUCAUUCCAACAUCCGCACUUUCAGGGAUGCGGAAGAACUUCAUAAGGGUGAGAAGAUUGCCCCUUCUCUCAUCCAGGCCAUCAGUAAUCAAAGGUAUAUAUCCCAAUCUUCACAAAGGGCUAUGCUUCAAGCAAAUGGUGCCUCCAGGAAGGCAGGAACUAGCUAAGAUGGUUGAGUGCUGCAAUAAGGUAAGUGCAGCUGAUUCUUCUCUUGUGAUGACCUCACACAACACACCAACACGUCUCCUUUGCUCUUCUUCAGUUUCAAGCCUUCUUAGAGCGUGCGUGCAUGGGUGGUUUUGGUAAUCCAGACUUAUUGAGAAUACAACUGUUUAGCUGAUUGUCUAGCUCAUAAGGGGCAUUUGUUGUCAUUAGAUACCCAUGUAAUUUCUCUUUAUUAUUCUGACAUUAGUUACUGGCCCAAGAUGAUCUUUUUGAAUGGGCAAUUCGCCGACGUAUUUAAUUUUAUAUAGGUAUUAUAUGGACCUAUUUAAUAUUAUAAAAAAUUAUUGCUCGAAUGCACGCUUGAAAACUACAAAAUCCAUACCAGUAGAGUAUUGAAUGAUGUAUUUUUUUUAAACUAUGUCUAAGUGUAUUUCGCAAUGUUGAUUGUAAUUAAUAUGAUUUUUUUGUAAAAAUAAAAUAUUAAAAUUUUGAGUUAAGACGAAUGAUACAUGGUAAGUUAUAAAAUAAUGGGGGAUUAGUAAUUUAGAAAGUAUAAGAAAUCUAUAUCAUUAGAUUAAUCUAUUCGAUCCUAUUUUUGUGUUAGCAAUAUACUAACACUUUAGGUGUUAUUAUCUAUGUUUGGUCGGAUUUUUAGAACUGUUUUAUACUUUAAAAAAUUAAAGUGAGUCAAACACUUUUAAAAGCUCAACUAUUGGAAAAGUUGAAUUUUUUUUCUAUGACAUAAAAGCAAAAACUCUGAUGGUUGCUUCUACGAAAAAUUAUUUUGAAAAAACAAGAUUAUUCUUACUAUUUUUUUAAUUUUUUUCAAAAAUCAUAAUUUUCAUUCCUUUUUGUAAUUUAGAAUAUUAAAUCAUUUAUAAAAUA